AUGGCGGGAGCCAGGACCCUCCACACGACCCAGCCGGUGGAGAUGGAUAUGGAGAAGAAGUCCACCAAGAUGUGGGGCGGUCGUUUCUCGAAGGACAUCGACAGCAGCAUCCUCGCGUGGACCGAGUCGAUCACCGUCGACAGCCACCUGGUGGCCGAGGACCUGUGGGGCUCGAUGGCGCACGUGGCCAUGCUGGGCAGCCAGGGUAUCAUCCCGGCCAACAACGCCGCCGCCAUCCUUGACACCCUCUACAAGCUCCAGCAGGACUGGAUCGAGGGCCGCUGGCAGUGGAUCCCCUCGCAGGAGGACGUCCACAUGAACGCCGAGAAGAUGGUCAUCGACGCCCUGGGCAUGGACGUCGGCGGUCGCAUGCACACCUGCCGCUCGCGUAACGACCAGGUCGUGCUCGACUCGAAGCUCUACGCCAGGCGCCGUCUGCUCGAGCUCCGCAGUCGCGUGGUCGAUGCCGUCGAGGCCCUGCUCAAGAAGGCCGAGGCCCACAAGGACGACGUGAUGGUCUCCUACACCCACGUCCAGCACGCCCAGCCCGUGUCGGUGGCCUACUGGCUCACCCACUACGCCGGCGUGCUCCUCCGCGACCUCCAGCGCCUGAAGGCCGCCUACGACACCACCGACCAGAACCCCCUGGGCUCGGGCGCCAUCGCGGGCACCUCGUUCCCCAUCGACCGCCAGCUCACCACCGACCUCAUGGGCUUCCAGGAGGUGCACCUCCACGGCAUGGACGCCACCUCCUCGCGCGACUUCAUGCUCGAGUCCCUCUCCGCCGCCACCAUCCUCCAAGUCACCAUGUCCCGCCUCGCCGAGGAGUUCAUCCUCUGGUCGUCCUACGAGUUCCGCACCCUCACCCUCGACGACGGCUUCGCCAUGGGCAGCUCGAUGAUGCCGCAGAAGAAGAACCCCGGCGCGCUCGAGCUUCUGCGCGGCCGCGGUGGCCGCGCCAUUGGUUACCUGACGGCUGCCUGCACCAUGAUGAAGGGUCUGCCCAGCGGUUACAACAGGGACUUCCACGAGGACAAGGAGCUCCUCGUGGCCACCAUGGAGCUCAUGAACAAGGCCGUCCAGGUGGUGCCCCCUCUGAUCAACUCGACCACCAUCAACCUGAAGAGGAUGGAGGAGCUCAGCUGGGGCAACUUCGCCAACGCCACCGAGCUCGCCAACUACCUCGUCGCCAAGCACGACGUGCCCUUCCGUCGUGCUCACGACAUUGUUGGGAACGAGAACUUCUCCAACACCCAGUUCUGCUUCGAGCACCUCAAGAAGUGGGACAUCAAGGCGCCCGAGAGUGAGGUGCUCGCCGUGCUGAACCCCACGCACGUGAUGAAGACCUACACCUCGCUGGGCGCCACCUCGCCCUCGUCGGUCUCGCACAUCAUCGACACCUACACCGCCAAGCUCGGCGAACACAGGCACGUGCUGCAGACCGACCAGACCAGGGUCAAGCGCGCGUACGACGCCUCUCGCAGCCUCGCCUCCGAGGCUGCCAAGGUCGUGCACAACAAGGACGACCUCGUCAAGCUGAUCCAGAAGUACAGGCCCACCAGCCACUAA